AUGAAGUUGUCCAACGCCACUCUUUUAGCUGUACUUGCUACUGCUUCCUUUGUUUCAGCUGCCCCAACUGAACAUGCCUUUGAAUCCACCGCCCUUGUCACCAGACAAGAUGCCACUGAUCUUCUUGAUAUCCUUUCUGAAUUGAAGACUGUAAAUGCUAAGAGAGACUUGGCUGAAGGUGAUGACCACACUGAACUCUCCAAGAGAGCCGACUCCCUUAUUGGUCAAUUGAUCACCGCCCUUGCCAACUCUGGUAUCAUUGGUGAAAUUUGGACCACCAUGACUACCGACCCAGCUAUCAAGUCUGAACUUGGUGCUUUAAUCAAGGGUGCUGUUCAACAAGCUAUUGUUUCUGGUCCAGCUUUAAUCAAGGCUUUCUGGAACUCUGGUUUGAUUGGAAAUGUUUUCAAGACUCUUCUUAACGAUGCUGACUUGAAGAGUGUUUUACUUGGAAUUGCCAAGUCUCUUUUCUCCACUGCUUCUAACAUUUUGCUCAGUUACGGUAAGGGUGGUUCUACCACUGCUGCCGCUGCUCCAGCUCCAGCUGCCACCCCAGCUGCUUACAAGAGAGAAGAUGUCUUGGACAAGAGAGAUCUUGCCUCCUUGAUUACUACCAUUGUAACUGAAAUUAAAAACUCUGGAAUUGUCUCCUCCUUGAUUAACAAGGUUUUGGCUGACCCACAAAAGUCCAUCUCUUUGUUGACCACUGCCUUGUCUAAGGGAGUUGUUCUUUUCCAAGAUGUGUAUGGCUGGGCCAAGCAAUCUGGUGUUUUGGACUCUGCCCUUAACUACUUGAAGAAUAACGGUGGUUCCAUUGUUAAGGCUUUGGGUUCUUUCCUCGCUGGCGAGCUUUCUAGUGGUGGUCUUUCUGCCUCUGACAUUAAUAAUGCUCCAGGUACCGCUGUUGGAACUACCACUGCAACUGCUGCCGCUGCCCCAGCUGCUGCUGCUCCAGCUGCAACUACUGCCGCCACCGUUUACAAGAGAAUGCUCUAUUAA